GUAGGUGUUUUUAUUUUGCAUUAUCCACACUCUUUAUCUCUCUCAACAAUAUUGAUCCAUUUAUUAUCUGAAUAAAACAUAAAAAUAAAAAUGGCAUCACUCACCUCACUUCUGCUUCCACUCGGCGGCUCUUCUUUUGCUGGGAAUUUAACCAACAAUCAUCAAAUAACUAGAGUGAAAACAAGAAGAGUGGCAACACGAUAUAUGACUUUAAGAAUCAGAAUGAAAGCUUCACAACAUAUUGGUGACGAGGAUGAAUUGACGUUAAUUAAGCGAAGGGAUGUGUUUGGAUUAACUUUGAGUUUUUCGAGCCUCUUAAUUCACUCGUUAAAUGCGGAGGCAGCUGGCUUGCCACCUCAGGAGGUACCAAGACUAUGUGACGAUUCUUGCGAGAAAGAGCUUGAAAAUGUACCUAUGGUGACCACAGAAUCUGGUCUACAAUAUAAGGAUAUAAAAGUGGGAUCUGGCCCUACACCUCCUAUUGGUUAUCAGGUAGCUGCAAAUUAUGUAGCAAUGGUUCCAUCAGGACAAGUAUUUGAUAGCUCAUUGGAAAAGCGUCAAGUUUACAUUUUUCGUGUCGGAUCAGGUCAGGUUGUGAAAGGACUAGAUGAAGGGAUUUUAAGCAUGAAAGUUGGAGGAAAGCGCCGGUUAUAUGUUCCAGGAUCUCUGGCAUUUCCAAAAGGUCUAACUUCAGCUCCAGGACGACCAAGAGUGGCUCCAAAUAGUCCUAUCAUUUUUGAUGUGAGUUUGGAGUACAUACCAGGACUUGAUGAUGAAGAAGAGUAGAUAACUGUGGUAUAUCAACUACAAGUUUAUAGCUCAAAGUCUAUGAGAAUACUUCCUCAUUCCGCAAAGGAAGUAGUCAUUUUUUAGAAUAUUUUUUUUCUAGAAUGGUGACAAAUUUGACAUUCCUAAAUCACCCUGUGUUUAUUGAAGGUAUGAUAAAGUCAUUUUGUUAAAUUGUAUUUAACCAAUCUUGAAAGUAUAAAUUAUACUUUUUUGAA